AUGGCGGCAUCCGAGGGCGUCCCUGCCCGGCGAGGGGCCGCAGAUGCGUCGGGGCCUUCGAGGAUGUCCUCUUCGGGCGACGUCUCGCUGAGCUUCGAGGGCCUCCUGCAGGAGCUGGACGAGCUGAGGGCCCGGCUGCUCGACCAGCACAGGCGAGAGCUUGCCCUCCAGCCGCUCACGCCAGGCUUGGAUUCGACCACAUUUCAGGCUCCUGAUGCAGAAGGCGUCUCUCUGGCGUCUGGCCUGGAGAACUCGGCGGUCUCGCGCCCAGGCUUGAUGAUGACUCGUACGUCGUCUACCCCUUCGGGCCGCCAGAGCGACCACACGGCGCUCAGGUCGUCGGCGACGCCGAGCGAUCGGCAGAGCGAGCGGGCCUUCUGUGAGCGCAAGCAGACGAAGUGGAGUCAGAGCGAGCGCUUCCUGCUCCUGGACAGCUGGAGGGACAAGGUGCCCGCAGCGAGGCUCGCAGAGCUCGAGCCGGAGUCGAAGCGUCGCAGGCCGGUGAUAAGCAUGUUCACGUCGAGGAUGGCGCGUCCGAGCAGCAUGACUGUUGUGAACCCCCUGGAGGUAGCAGGCAUGUCCACCACAUCGACAGGGCUCCUCUCCAGGUUCGUCAUGCACCCCCAGUCCCCACUGGCCUGCGUCUGGGGCACUGUUGUUUUGAUGAUGAUCGCGUACGACACCGUAACUGUUCCCCUCUACACGUUUUACAACUUCGAGCAGUUUCCGCAGGCCAUAGAGAUAAUGGAUUGGAUGGCCAGAGUAUUCUGGGCCAUCGAUAUCUCUAUAUCGUCGGUGACUGGCUUCCACAAGGAGGGCUACUACGUAGAGAUGAGGCCCAGAAAAAUAUUCGUUUGGGCAUAUCUCACGUCGUGGUUCUUCUUCGAUCUCCUCGUUGUCUCGGCCGAUUGGCUUUGGGUUGCGCUGCACUAUCAGAGGGCCCUGUCGCCGGUGCCUGUGCUGCGGGGUCUGCGCUUCGCUCGCCUCAUCAGGUUGCUGAGGCUCAGCCGGCUCGCGCAUGUUAUCAACGAGAUGUUAUUGUGGUUGUGCCACGGGGCCACGUUCCUCAUCAGGAUCAUCAAAUUGAUAGUGGGGCUUGCCAUCAGCAUCCAUAUUCUCGCUAGCAUUUGGUUUGGUCUGGGCUCUGUCUCCAGCUCUGGAUGGGUCUCUCAGGAGCCGCUCAUGGACUCGGCGGCGUUGUCGGCGCAGUAUAUGAUGUCAGUAAGUUGGAUAAUCACCCAGUUGCAUGGCACGAGCCUCGUUCGCCCUCAGACGUUUUUGGAGAUGCAGUUCCAGUCGUUGGUGCUCCUGAGUGCAAAUGCCUUCUUCGCGGUCUUCAUUGCAAACCUAGUGCAGGUCAUGAUGGCCAUCACGAACGCACACAGCCUGCAGAUGCAGUACACCUGCAGGCGCUACCUGCGCCGCCGUCGAAUCUCCCCCGAGCUUUCGAACAAGCUGCAGCUGCACUUCGGGAAGAUGAGCAUCGGCACCGCCCUGCAAGACAGCCAGGAGGAAGAGAACAAGCUGCUCGAGUCGCUGCCGCUGGCCCUGCAACAGCAGCUCCACGAGGAGGUGCGCCUGCCUCUCCUGAGCAGCACGAGGCUGCUCAAGACGCACGGCCUAUGCAACUACCGCCUGCUGAAGACGCUGUGCUGCGACGCCGUCUCCGGGCUUUUCUGGAAGCCUGGCGAGCUGAUGUUCACGACCGGCGACUCUUGCACACGGAUGCUCGUCGCUGAGUCAGGGAGCAGCGUGUACAUCCCAGGCGGGUGCAGGGUCGAUUCCAACGGAAUCAGCUUGCCGUCUUCUAUCCGCACCGGAGCCUCGACGCGCAUUUCCGAGUUGUCGGCGGGCACCCAGAGGAUAGUCGUGCGCCGGGAACAGUGUUUGUGCGAGGCGUCCUUGUGGACGCGGUGGACGAACCGCGGCGAGCUGUCUGCGGAGGGCGACUGCACAAUGCUGGCCGUGAACCAGGCAGAUUUCGCCUCUAUCGUCAGCAACUACGAAUUCGUCUACGCGGCCGCCCUCAAGUACGCGAGCUGCUACCUCCUCUGGCUCAACGACAGGAGCGCCGAGCAGGGGGUCUCCGACAUGAUGGACCCCCCAAGGCACCUCCUCGAAUACGCCGAGGCGCCGAUCGAUACUGGCAGCCCGUUCGUGUUCAUCUCGCACUUCAAGGAGGAGGCGGGCUCAGACGCUGCGCUCAUGGACGAGGGGAUCUCUCGGAUCAUCAGGGGCGAUCCAGAGCACCCAGCGUUCCGCCUCGACGCGCCGACCUUCCUGGACUCCAACAACCUCGACGACAUCAGGCUGCUCAAGGGCGUCGUCCGGAGCAGCCACAACCUGCUCCUGCUGCUCACCGACAGGGUGCUCUCGAGGCCUUGGGUGUUGAUCGAGAUUGUGACUGCCAUCAAGUAUGGCGUACCCAUCCAAUUGGUGCAAAUCCAGCGCCCGGGCGUGGACUUCAAGUUCCCCACGGCGGAGGACAUCAAGCGGCUGGCGGACGGCAAGGAUCUCAGCCCGGACGCCAAGGCCAUCCUGAGGGCCGAAAAGAUCACCAAGAGCGACCUGAAGGCCAUCGGGCAGAUCUUCGGCAAGAUCGCGCUGCCUUUUUCCCCCCACAGGUCGCUCACGGUCCGCCAGGCCGAGCUGCAGGACAUCAUCUCCCGCUGCGAGUUUGGGCAGUCGAGGAGCCGGCUGAUGGGAAAGAGGCUGGACGAGGAUGAGGCCGAGGCGCUCGCCCAGACACCGGUGUAG